ACAAAGUGCUGGGAUUACAGGUGAGAGCCACCACACCCGCCCCUCUACCUCAUGUUUUGAGGUAGGUGGGACCACAGGUAAGUGCCACCACAGCCAGCUAAUUUUUUAUAGUUAACGUAUUAUAGCUAAUUUUGUGGAGGGACUGUGUCUGUUUAUGUGGGGAGGUAGGAAAUGGCAGGGAAAUGGAGGGGAGUUGAAUUAGUGAAACCAGAAGCAAACCUCAGUUGAGGACACCAGCCAUAAGAAUGGCCGGAUUUUGGCCAAUCUGACAUAAUAUGUGAGAUCUUGAUAUAACCCCAUCCUUGAGAGUCUUCUCUAAAGCUGCAGGGACUUGGGAGCAUCUUUAAUCACAGACAACCCAUGUUCCUGAGGAUUAUGGUUUAUUGGAUUGCACUUGCCUAAAUAAAGAUAUCCUCUGCAGUCUUUGACAAUUCUAUAAGCAUCUUCUGAGUCCGCAGUUAGCUAACAGGUUUGUGUUACUUCCUUCACAAAUAUAAAUAAUUUUAAAUAAAAAUCAUGGCGUGAAUAAUUUAUUUCCUCUAUCGAUUUGAAGCUAUCCAUUUGGAAGAUCACUCUGAAGAAAUGAAAUAAGUUUUCUGCCAAAAAUUACUUAUCAAUUUACAAGGAAAGGGGGAAGUUUUGUUCUUCUCCUUAAAUUUGACUGAAAAUCGAGGGCUUUCUCAAAUAGUUUUGGCAACCAGGGUCAUUUUUCAUUAAAAAGCAAAAAGUCAUGUGAAAUAUGAAUUUCCCCAGAUCAUUUAGCAUGAAACUCUGGGAGAUCCUGUACAGAGGGGGUUUGUUAUAGUCAACUUCUCUGGGUAAAACAAACACAAAUACUCCUCCUCCGAGGGGCGGGGGCGGUGCCUAGGUGAUGCACCAAUCACAGCCUGCCCUGCCCUAUAUAAGGCCCAGAGGCCCCCUAGCGUUUGACGCUCUUCACUGGUUACUACUUAGUGUCUUUGCUGUUAUGUCUGAAACCGUACCUGCAGCUCUUGCCGGUUCUGUUCCCCCAGCUAUGGAGAGGCCUCCAGCCAAGAAGCGAGGGAAGAAGUCUGCUGCCUUGACGGUUGCAAGUCGCAAAGCGACCAACCUCUCUGUGUCCAAGUUGAUCACCGAGGCCCUUUCAAUGUCACAGGAAAGAGUAGGUAUGUCACUGGCCGCGCUCAAGAAGUCACUGGCCGCCGCUGGCUACGACGUGGAGAAGAAUAACAGCCGCAUUAAACUGUCCCUCAAAAGCUUAGUGAACAAGGGAAUCUUGGUGCAAACCAGGGGUACUGGUGCCUCCGGUUCCUUUAAGCUCAGUAAGAAGGUCGCUCCUAAAUCUACCAGGACUAAGGCCAAAAAGUCUGCUUCUGCCAAGACCAAGAGGCUGGUUAUAUCCAGGGACUCCAAGUCCCCAGAGACUGCUAAAACCAGUAAGAGAGCCAAGAAGCCGAGGGCGACAGCUCCUAAAAAGGCUGCUAGAAACGGGAGAAAGCCUAAAGGAGCCAAGGGUAAGCAACAGCCGAAGAGCCCAGUAAAGGCAAGGGCUGGAAAGCCAAAGUUGACCCCACAACAUAAAACUAAUGUUAGAAAGGCCACAUCUAAGAAGUAAAGAGCUUUCCAGGAAGCCGAUUGAGAAAGAACCCAAAGGCUCUUUUAAGAGCCACCCACAUUUUUUUAAGAUGGCGUAACACUUAAGUUUCUGACAGUAAACUAUAGGUUUUAAGUUGUGAUAGGCUGGGAUGAAAAGUCUUGAGGUGGGAGAAUUAUUUCAGGCCAGGCUUCGAGACCAGCCUGGGCAACACAGACCAUCUAUACCAGGGGUCCCCAUGCCCCCAGCCACGGACCAGUACCGGUCCCUGUCCAUGGCUUGUGACGAAUUGGGCCGCACAGCAGGAGGUAAGGAGUGAACGAGCAUUACCCUGAGCCCCGCCACCUGUCAGGUUAGCAGCAGCAUUAGAUUCUCAUAAGAGCAAACUAUUCUGAAUGGCACAUGCAAGGGAUCCAGGUCGCAGGUUCCUUGUGACAAUCUAAUGCCUGGUCUGAGGUGGAACAGUUUUAGUCCGGAAAUCACCGCCCCCAGCCCCCGCACUUUCUGGUCUAUGGUAUAAUUGUCCUAGACGAAACCAGUUCCUGAUGCCAAAAAGGUUGGAGACUGCUGGUUUUACAAAAGAGUAAAUUAGCUGAGCAUGAUUGGCGCGCUCCUUUAGACCCUGCAACUCCGGAGGCUGAGAAGGGAAAAUCUCUUGAGCCUAGGAAUUUGAGGAUACAGUGAGCCAUGAUUGUGCUACUUAACUCCAGCCUGGGUGACAGCAAAUGAGAACUUGUCCAAAACUUAAAAAGCUAAAGAAAAAGGGCUUCUUGUCACAGACGUCGUGUAUACCUAAAGGUCCAGGAAUUGAACAGUCUGAUGUCCAAUCCUGAAAAGCUUGAUGGUGCACUAGAGUAGGCUUUUACAUAUAAGAGCAUCUAAGUUCUGAAAAUGCCAUUGUUUGCUGAGGAAGGGAGUGGAGAGCAAUUUGGUAUCCAAACAAUGAUAUGCUGAUUUUUUUUUUUUUUCACACAAGUACUACAUUCUAGUCUUUUCCUGUGGUGUCAUUGUAACUAUUGGUUCUUAAUAUGGUGUCCACCGACUUUAAGGGAUCAAUAAAUAGGAAUCAAGUUCUCCCAGAAUAUGGAUUCAGAA